UUUUCAGUGCUGGUGAGCCAACACCGCUAAUGACAUACACGAUUGAGUUCAUAUACCUUUACCCAUUGGCACACGGUGGAUUCGUGUAUACACUUUGUAUUGCUACAUGCAGCUAGAGUCUAGAGACGAGAUAGACUUAUUUUGUCGAAGAGCUCUGUAAUUUUGAUCCAACUUCUUUCAGACCUGGCAUGUUCAUUAGACCCUGGACCCGGACACAGCUGAGUGUAUUUGGAUGAUUCCUAAGUCCUAAGCUAUUGCAGGCAGGUGACUUGGCUAUUGUGAUUGUCAUUCGGGGUAGCGACUACACACGGAAAUAACAUUGCCGGCUUCUCAUCAGAUCAAAUCUGUCAUUUAGGACUAGGCCUCCGAUCUUGGAAUACAUACCUCUCUUUCUCUCUCUCUUGUCGGAGUCAAGAGUAUCGUCAAACAUGGGUGAUAAGUUUUUGAACGAGGGGCUGAAAUAUUUCUUUCUGCUGCUAUGGCUGGCUGCAAACGUUGCAUACUGGGUGGUAACGUUUCUUGUAUACGAGCAAGGACCACAGUACUUCUACAUCAGGCGUAUCACCGGGGUUGGUCUCUCGAUAGCAAAGGCAUCAGGGGCAACGUUAAACCUGAACAGUAUGAUCAUCUUACUACCUAUCUGUCGUAAUCUUAUCUCUUUCUUCAGAGGAUCAUGUGCUACCAACACGCUUUGUAGGCGGAGUGUCCGACGUCAGCUUGACAAGAACCUGACCUUUCACAAGACGGUGGCCUACAUGAUCGUCAUCUGGACGAUCGUUCACGUGGUCGCCCACGCCUUCAACUUCCGAAACCUCUACAACCACUACCUCUGCGUGACCACGAACAAUGAUGACUUAUGCGAUGGCAUCUCUGCGAUCGGUCGCAAGUUCACAGUUAAACCCGAGGACAAUUGGUUGAAUCCUAUCCAAGGUGCUAAGAACCUUCCGGCAGGACUUGGUCUAAUUGAGCAGGCCCUGAUCCCAAUCGCUGGAUGGUCUGGAGCUGUUCUCACCUUAGUCCUUAUACUUAUGUUCUCAUCUGCUACAGAAUUCAUCAGGCGUUCUUAUUUCGAGACCUUCUGGAUCACCCAUCACCUCUUCAUCGUCUACUUCGCCAUGUUGCUUGCCCACGGUGUCGGAGGCAUCAUCCGAUCUCAGACGAACCUCGAACGUCAUGACGUAGUAUUCUGUUCUGAAAACCUUGAUGAAUGGAGUUCUACUUCUCAACAGUGUGAGGAUCCUGUAUUCAAAGAUGGAUCAGCUGCAAGUUAUAAGUGGGUGAGUGGUCCGCUUUUCAUCUACUUGCUUGAAAGGAUGAUUCGAUUUUGGAGGAGCUGUCAGACCGUUACAUUAACCAAGGUUGUAAAGCAUCAAUCGAAGGUGAUUGAGCUUCAGAUGAAGAAGAAAGGAUUCAAGAUGGAGGCUGGUCAGUACAUCUUUCUCAAAUGUCCCUCCAUCUCACACGUGCAGUGGCAUCCAUUUACUCUUACAUCGGCUCCUGAAGACGAUCAUUUCAGUGUUCAUAUCCGUGUUGUUGGUGACUGGACCAGGGACCUGUUCAAAGCAAUGGGAGCAGACAAACCAGAACAGCAAUCUCAAGAAGAACUAGCCAGAGUUGCGGUUGAUGGUCCGUUUGGUACAGCUAGUAUUGAUAUCUUCAAGUACGAGGUUGCUAUCUGUGUAGGUGCUGGAAUCGGCGUAACACCCUUCGCUUCCAUCCUCAAAUCUAUCUGGCUGAAGAGUGUAAACAACAGCGCCUCUCUGAAGCUGAAGAAGGUGUACUUCUUCUGGAUCUGUCCCGAUACCAAUGCCUUUGAGUGGUUCUCAACUCUCCUCGACUCGAUUGACACUCACUUCACUGAACAGGGCAAACCUGACUUCCUGAAAUACUACAUCUAUCUCUCCCGGGGCUGGAACAAUACACAGGCAAAGAACAUUUACCUACAAGAGGAGCAAGAGAUAGACGCCAUCACCGGUCUAAGACAGAAAACCCACUAUGGUCGUCCUAAGUGGGACUCCAACUUCAAGAUGAUUGCAGAGGAGAACCCAAGGACGAGUAUCGGUGUUUUCUUCUGCGGUCCUAAAGCCCUAUCAUCAGUACUCCAUGAGAACGCCAAUAAGUUUACCAGCUUGACUCCUGAUGGCGCUAAGUUUUUCUACAACAAGGAAAACUUCUAAGCAUCAAGAACCAAUGGGCAUUACGAAUGUAGAACUUUUAGACACCAUCAGCCAAUGAGUGCUACAACAAGGAAACUUCUUAAUACCACCAACCAAUAAGCGCGACGACGCUAUCAGCCAAUCAACGCUCUGAUUUGUUUUCCAGAACACCAUCAACCAAUCAGCGUUACGACAUGCAAACUUCUACACACUGUCAACCAAUCAGCGCUGCGACUGAUAAAAGUCUUUUAUCAACGUCAACCAAUAAGGGUCAUACCUCGGGCACCUUGUACACAUUGUAUGAAUAGGUGCACACUAUAUCCAACGUUAUAAUUAUCAUUUCUUUAUCAUUCCAUUUUCAUCAUUAUAACACAGACAUUCCCCUAAUCGAGACAAUUAUAAACAGUCACUAUACCAUGUAUUGUAUUUGAUUGUAGUUUUAUUUCUACGAAAUAGAAAAGGUGUCACAUUUACAGAUUGUGUACUAAUGUAUCUUCAACCGCCAUAUUCAUGCUUAGAAUGCGUUGAAAAAGUUGAGGGGAAGAAGAUAAGAUGUGCAUGAAUGUGAUCUUACUUCAAAUACAGUAAAGUCAUUUUGA